AUGCUACCAUCCGCGUUCCCGGUUCCGCAAAUCGUGAAAUUUCGUGACGAACACCAGCGAUCCAUGACGCACUUGGCCAUCGUGGCAGAUGACCUGGAAUUGUUGGAGUUUGUGCUUGAAAGCGGGGCAUCUUUGAAUGACCCCGACGAUAGCGGAGCCUCGCCGUUGACUACGGCUUUGCUCGAACGACACUUUGAAGCUGCGGAUAUGCUGGUCGCGUACGGGUGCGACAUCGACUUCGUGAACGCAGCACUGCAGACGUCGAUGCAUGUGCUUGCCACGUUCGGUGAUUUGAAGGCCGCGCAGUGGCUGCUCGAGAGAGGAGCGGACGUGGAGGCUCGGGACGCCGGUGAUAACUUACCGCUGCAUCUAGCAGCUGCCUACUGUUCGCUACCUGUUGAUGAACAUGGCAACACGCCGCUGACCAACGCGGCGUUUGUGAGUCAAAGCACAGCGCCGCAUUUCGCUUCGGGUGACCAGACGACGCAGUAUGCAGUGACGAAAUUGUUGUUGCAGCACGGUGCUGACGUGAAUGCUGUGAAUGAUGAUGGAGAUACGGCUUUGUUCGGUGCAGUUCACAACGAGUACGACGCGGUGGUAAAGUUGCUACUUGCACACGGAGCUGAUGCUCGAGUGCGUCGACGUUUUUGCCCAAGAUCGACAAAGCCUCACAUGUGCCACGGUGUGGGAGUCGCGACACCAAGAUUUCUGUGCACGAGACACCGUCCCUAG